CCCCCACACUCGCGCGCACUAGCUAGCGCCAAAUCCUAGCGUUUUUUUUUCUUCUUCCGCUAUAAGAAUGGCCAUCGAAUCAUCCAUCGAUGGAGCCACACCAUCUUAUCAAUCCCGUGAACCUCCACUUCCCUCACUCUCAAGUCUCUCUCUUGCUGAUAUAUAUAAAAAAAGUCUCUCUCUCGCUAAUCUCUGAUUGAUUGCUUCUAGCUAGCUAGCUAGGCCGCCGCCUCGCCCUGCUGCAAGAGCACGCCAUGGCGGGCGCCGCGGCGGAGCGGAAGGUGAGGGUGGCGGAGCUGGCGCUGCGGGCGCUCCUCAGCGGGCUGGCGGCCCUGGCGGCGGCGCUGGUGGCCACCGACGCCCAGACCCGGACCUUCUUCUCCUCCUACCAGAAGAAGGCCACCUUCAGGGACAUGAAGGCCAUGGUGUUCUUGGUGGUCGUCACCGGCGUGGCCGCCGGGUACAGCCUGCUGCAGGCGGCGCGGUGCUGCUGGGCCGCCGCGGCGGCCCGGGGUGGCGGCGGCGGCGGCCUGCCCCUGCCGAGCCGGGCCCUGGCCUGGUGCGUCUUCUCCUGCGACCAGGCGCUGGCGUACGCGGUGCUGGCGGCGCUCGCGGCGGCGCUGCAGGCGUCGGUCAUCGCCAAGCGGGGGCAGCCCGAGCUGCAGUGGAUGGGGAUCUGCGCCAUGUACGGCGCCUUCUGCAGGCAGGCCGGUGCCGGGCUCGCCAGCGCCGUCGGGGCCGGGGUCGCCGCCGUGCUGGUCGCGUUCCUCUCCGCCUUCAACCUCUUCAGGCUCUACGGCAGCAAGACCGGCGCGACGUGGUAGUGUGCAGCUUGAGCUUGAGAUUACUGCUAGUACAUACGUGGCGUGGCUUCUUCACUGCUCCGAGAAAUCGAUCGAGAUCAGGUGCUUCUCUCGCGAUGCAAGCAUUGCAGGGACGAUGUGCACUGAACGAAGCUCUGCUGAUUGAUUGCGCAUCUUGAAUUCGAUCUCCAUGCUUGUUUUCUCUGUAAAUGAGCAUAAAGAUAUUUAGAUGCACGCACUGCUCAAGAAACACAGCUUAAAAACUUUGUCCGUAAAUUGCUACGA